AUGAGUGAGGACGAAAAGCAGCAUUAUCCACAGCUGUCAGAGGAGAGGCUGUCAGAUCUUCGAGAAUCAUCUGUCCGAUGCAGGGAACUUCUCCAUCAGUUAUCUAUCCACGAUGGCGCCAGGGUCAGAGAGCAAAUGGCGAGCUUCAACAUCUGGGCUGCGAAUAUGGGUGUUUUCCGUCAAGGCCGGCAGUCCAUCGCCUCUCGUCUAAGUAGCGCACCAGAAAUCAGCAAAUUGAUUCAACAACUUCUCGAGACGCUCAAGCGCGACGUCGAAAAGGAGCUCUCCCGAAAGGAGUGCGAAGAAGAAAGCUCAUCUGAUAGCCAGUCCAAUGACUCGUCUGAUCGGUCUUCCAUUUCCUCUUAUAGGCCAAUCAAGCCACCUGAGCCAUCUGAGCCAUCGGAAGAUGACGAUGCAGCACCCCCGUCACAUUCGCGCACCUGGACGUCCAUCGAAAAUACCAUCACCAGCCUUCGUCAACUCGCAAUAACUGUUCAGCGAGCGGGGAACCAGCAUCGUCAAGAGCGCACUGAAAGGUUCAAGACUAAUAACGCAGAACUGUAUCAGUUGUUUGAGAGAUGCGCGAGACAAAAGGUUGAACAUCUCUUUCCCAACGCGAGCAUAAUUUUGCAAGAACGUAUGGCUCGGUCAGUUGCAACUCGCCGAAUCCGAUUCUUGUACCUCAAUCGGCAUCAGAAAAAGAUUUCCACGUUGGGGAAAACAGCACCAGUGCUGCAACGAGAGCCAGAGCCGAUAGAAGCGGAUCCCGCCCAAGCAGCGUCUCCCGCUGGGUAUCAAGAAACAAGGGAUAUUGCUUCCCCUUCUCUUAGAACAAGGACGGGCAUCAAUCCAAGUAUUAUAUUGUCAAACACCAUAGCUACUAAGCUCGACAUAAAAAACCUUCAUCCGGCGCAGAACAAGCGAGCAGAGUCUGUUACAUCCGUGGUGAUCCCUACAGGCACAUUCCCUUCAAUACCGAAAAUGGAUUCUACGGGCACUUCAUUUACUUGUCCAUUCUGUUUUCUCAUCUGCCCAGCAGAAGAAGCCAAAGGAAAGAAGCAGUGGUGCAACGAUGUUGCCGAAUCACUUCGCCCUACAAUCGUGAAGCACAGCAAGCUUCACGAUCAACCAGCUCUGCAGGAUUGUCCAUUCUGUGGCGGAUUCCCAGAGGAGCUUGAGGAGAAGUACACAGAUCGGGACUGCAGAGAGGCACGCAAAGCUCUAGAGAAGCACGUCGAACAGCAUUUCAUCACUGUGGCCCUCAUUCUGGUUCCAAUAGAAAUGGAGCAUCAACCGGAUGACGAAAACGAUGACGACAAUUCGGAAGCCCAGAGAGACAACCGCAGCGAACUUGACCUCGAUGGAAUAGGUGUUAUACCCGAAGAUAAAUGCUCUGAUGAUGCCUGCGACUGCAAAGAUGAUGCAAAAGACUCUUCCUUGGACAAUUCUGCCUUUGAAGAUGAUCCAUCUCACAGUGAUGAUGUGGAUAUUCAAGACGAAUGGAAAUUCUGGUCAGACCGCAAAGCGUACCAGCACCUUGCUGAUGACAUAAAGCUCAGGGAGUACUUUAAAAUUGAGACGGUCCAGGAUGCCAUGGAAGAGAUCCCUGCUGUCAACCUCCAAGAUGGCAAUGGCGUGUCCCCGUUUCUUGCUGCGAGCGCCAACGGUCAUCUAAGCGUUAUGAGGCAACUGAUUGAGAAUGGUGCCGACAUUCACCAGUUAGACGAGGAUGGUAACGAUGCACUUUUCAAAGCAACCUCCAAUGGACACAUCGGGGCGGUCGAGUUUCUCAUCGAAAAAGGCGCUCACCGCCAGUUAUCAAGCUAUCUCUCAACUUCCACAACUCCGCCAAUCUUGGCCGCGUUGAAGAACGGCUCUUUUGACCUGGCUCGACUACUCCUCGAGCAGGAAGAAGAUCUCAAUGUCAAGAUUGGAAGCAAAAAACAGACAAUUCUGCAUGUAGCGAUUUCCGAAGGGCAAACCGAUAUUGCGAAGCUGCUCAUCGAUCGUGUGGACCUUGCGCUGCAAGAUGCAGACAGACAAACGCCUCUCUUUGUAGCCUGUUCAUAUGGACGUACUGAGAUUGCAGAGCUCCUCAUCCAGCACAAGGUCAACUUAAUGACACCCGAUAAGAAGAGGAGAACACCCCUGCAUGCUGCGUGUGCCAACUGUCACUUGGAAGUGGCCAGACUACUAGUUGACAACGGUGCCGAUGCCAUGAAUGUUGAUGCAAAGGGAACAACAGCACUUUCCGUGGCUGCCUUGGCAGGAGCGCUUGAAAUCGUUCAAAUGUUUCUUGAACAGGGAGCAGCUGCCAAUGCGGACCAUCACGCCGCUCUACUUGGAGCAUCCGCAGGGGGCCAUGUUGGCAUAGUCGAGCUGUUGAUCAAGUGGCGUGACGGUGAGGGCAUCACGGAGCCGGAUUCCAAGAAUUUGGCGCUUAUGCAUGCUUCUAGCAAUGGCCACGCCGGCGUUGUAUCGCUGCUGCUGGAGAACGGCGCAAAGCUUGACAGUCCCGACCCGUUUGGUGGAACGCCUCUUUACGAAGCGUGCCGCAAUGGCCAUCUAGAGGUGGCCAGGUUACUGAUCGAGAAAGGCGCCGACAUCAAUGCGACGGCUACGCAGAGACGACAAACGCCACUCAUGGCAACAUGCCAGACUGGCCACAUGUAUGUCGAUCUGGCAGCUCUGCUGCUAGAUAAGGGUGCCGAUAUCAACGCCCUGAACAUUGAUGAGAUGAAUGCGGCGUUUCUGGCAGCCGAAAAUGGCCAGCUAGAGGUGCUCCGGCUGCUCCUCUCACGGGGCGUCGACAUCUUCCACAGGACCGUGAAGGGCUUGCUGCCUAUUCAUGUGGCUUCCCAGCGCGGCCAUUCCAAAACUGUUGACCUUUUGAUUGAGAAUGGCUCCGAUGCCUCGGUAGCCAAAGAGGAUGGCAACACCCCGCUCAUACUGGCAACCGUCUAUCACAAUACCAAUGUGGUCAUAGUUCUCCUCAAGCGUGGAGCGUAUAUUGAUGCCAAAAAUGUUCAUGGCCAGACAUCGCUUUUGAUAGCGAGCCGUGAAGGUGAUGCCAAGAUAGCUAAGCUGCUGGUUGAUAGCCGCGCCAAUGUAUCCAGCGCGGAUCAUGAGGGACGGACACCAUUAUUUCACGCUUCUAGCAACGGGCAUCUUGAGAUUGUCAAACUACUCCUGGACAGUGGAGCGGAUAUGACGCCCAACAAUGAGGGACAAACGCCUUAUGAUGUGGCAUCCACCCAUGGCCACGUCGAGAUUCUUGAACUCUUGGGUAAACCGGGGAGCUGAUGUAACC